CGCGCCUGCGGCGCUGGAGAAGUGCGCAGACGCAGGCCGCCGACGCGCGCAGGCGCAAGAAGGGCACCGCUCCUAGUUUGGUCUGGUGGUGUCCGAGCUGCUGUGGCCGGAGAGGAGUGCCGGAACUGCUUGGUGAACAUCCACAUUUCAGUUUCUGUGCCUAUCAAGUUUUAAUUCAUCAUGGAUAACCUAUCAGCAGAAGAAAUUCAGUUGAGAGCUCACCAGGUUACUGAUGAGUCUCUGGAAAGUACAAGGAGAAUCCUGGGUUUAGCCAUUGAGUCUCAGGAUGCAGGAAACAAGACUAUUACUAUGCUGGAUGAACAAGGGGAGCAACUAAACCGCAUAGAAGAAGGCAUGGACCAAAUAAAUAAAGACAUGAAAGAAGCAGAGAAGACUUUAACAGAACUCAACAAGUGCUGUGGCCUUUGUGUCUGCCCAUGUAAUAGAUUCUCAGAUGUUGGUUGUUUCUAUGAAAUCAGGACAAAGAACUUUGAGGCUGGUAAGGCCUAUAAGGCAACAUGGGGAGAUGGUGGAGACAACUCUUCUAGCAAUGUAGUAUCUAAGCAGCCGGGCCGAGUGACAAAUGGUCAGCCUCAGCGAGCAACCACAGGAGCAGCGAGCGGUGGAUACAUUAAUCGUAUAACUAAUGAUGCCAGGGAAGAUGAAAUGGAAGAGAACCUGACUCAAGUGGGCAAUAUCCUAGGAAAUCUAAAAAAUAUGGCCCUGGACAUGGGCAAUGGAAUUGAGGCUCAAAAUCGACAAAUAGAGCGGAUCACAGAAAAGGCUGACACCAACAAAGAUCGUAUUGACAAUGCCAAUGCCAGAGCAAAGAAACUCAUUGAUAGCUAAAGUACUGCUGUACUUCUUUACCAUUUAUUCACUUGCCUAGCUCUUCCUUCAAAGUAAUUGCCUUUCAGAGUUUGAAAUUUUGGUUCCGCACUCUUCUAAUCAGGAGAUAAUGUGGAAGAAGGGUAAAGAGUAACAGCCCCCUUAUUUUUUUAUUUUCUCUCCUCCUUGAGGGUAGGCUGCUGCUCAGGCUUCUAGAAUUUUUUUUCUCAGUUUAUACUCUUAGAUUGGUCUCCAUACGUCAUAUGGAGUGUUGUUUUUUCACCCUCAUUUACUGUAGCAGGUUCUUCUGCUUUCAAGAUUUGGAAGCAUUGCCAAAGACAGCCAUAAAAAAGGAAGCUAGGAGCAUGGUGGGGGAGUGCAAGAAGGAGAAGCAAGAGGUAAGAGGUUGUUACCUCAGAAAACUUUCAGGCCACAAAGCAAAAAGUUGCAUAGCCACAGUAAAGAUUUAGUUGGGUUCAGUUUUUAAUUUAAGUUGCAGUUAUUGCCACCUUAGGCGAAUACUUAGUUUUGGAGCUUUUAUACAUAAUAUUUUUGUUAUACAUCACAACUUUGCAACUUCUGCUUCAAAAAAGAAUAGAAGUUUUCUUAAAGUGAGCUAAAUUCCUGAACACUUUGGUGAUUCAUAUAUGUAAAUAGUUUGUGAUCACAUUUCAUAUUGCACCAUGCAGGGACACUUUGUGUAAAUGAAUAGCUUUUUAUUUUCAUAUUAGUAUCAUGGUUCUAUUACAGGCCUAUUAACCUCAUAAAUUUGUCAUUAGCCUUUGAAGAAAAUAAAUGUAAAUAUGUAUGUGUAACAUGAGAAUUUCUCUCUAAAGCAGGGCUGAAAAUUUUUUGGAAAUUUUUGACAAAGUAUAUCACGUGAAUUCAGAU